CUUAAUAGUCAAUCCCCAUUAGACUUAGUAAUUUUUUUAUAGUAAGCUUUCCUUUCCAUUCUUCCCUGGUACUAUCUUAGUUUCAGAAACAAAGAAAAGCACUUUUGACUUUUGGCUCAGAGGAGGUGAGGGUGCAACAGUCUUUGCUUGUCCUGAAUCUAGGUGUAUCCUACACCAGUGGCCUCCACCAUGCCACCUAAGUUCGACCCCAAUGAAAUCAAAGUUGUAUACCUGAGGUGCACUGAUGGCGAAGUGGGUGCCACAUCUGUCCUGGCCCCAAAGAUUGUCCCAUUGCGUCUGUCUCCAAAAAAGAUUGGUGAUGAUAUCACCAAAGCAACUGGUGAUUGGCAGGGUCUGAGGAUUACAGUGAAACUGAUCAUUUGGAACAGACAGCUCCAGACUGAAGUGGUAUCUCCUGCUUCUGCCCUGAUUAUCAAAGUCCUCAAGGAACUUCCAAGAGACAGAAAGAAGCAGAAAAACAUUAAACACAGUGGAAAUAUCACUUUUGAUGAGAUUGUCAACAUUGCCUGGCAGAUGCAGCACCGAUUUUUAGCCAGAGGACUCCCUGGAAACAUUAAAGAGAUUCUGGGGACCACCCAGUCUGUGGGCUAUAAUGUUGAUGUCUGCCACCCUCAUGACAUCAUAGAUGACAUCAAUAGUGGUUCAGUGGAAUGCCUACCUAGUUAAGAACUACAAAGGAGAAUAUUUCAAUACAGGGUCAUUUGACA